AUGGACGACAUGGCAUGGGAGCACAUUUACCACGAAGAACUCCAAGGUUUUGUAGAUGAGAAUGGCGUUUCAAACAUUGAAGAAUUUUUUAAAAACAAGCUGGAACGUUGGCGAGACGUGGAGGUGAACAUAGCAAUCUCUGGCAGCUCCGGAGCUGGAAAAUCAAGUUUUAUCAACACGAUACGAGAGUAAGUAAAAAUGGCGAAGCAUUUUGAGAUGGAUUUCCUAUCAAAUUUUAAUUUGUGUCACUGUCUGCUGUAGACUCAAACUUUAUUCAUAGGCGCCGCGGUUCGAAUUCAUAAACACCAUGUGGCUUUCAGUAUUUUUAAAAUAUUAAAAGCUUUUUCUAGUCUGGCAUUGAAUAUCUAGAGAUAGCAAAACGUUUUUCAUGUGAUUGCUCUUCUGUGUCGGAUUCUUUGAUCAAUUUGUUUUUCUACGAUUUUUGUACUUUCACUUUUACUGUUUACUACCAAUAUUGAAGACUGAGCCGGAAGUUGUUGCAUCGAAACAACUGUUUGCAGGCUUAUCAGGCAUUGCAGGGCAAUGAGCGCGUGGUUUUAGUUUCGGAAAUUUAGAAUAAAAAUAAGUCAUUGAGUCAAUCUCAGUGUGUUAUAGCCGUUUUACCCAUGGGCAAAUGGCUGUUGUCCAUAGGGAAGCAACGUUUUGUACGGACGGUCUAGUUCUCCGAAGUAUAAUUGCCUCGAGGAAUUUUUCCAUGAAUUCGUUUAUAUGUAAAAAAGAACUAGCAAAAUAAUUUCUCAUGAUGACAGUCUCCGAGGUAAGUUCUAUGUGUAAUAAGAACAAAGCCAAGGAGGCUCAACCAAUCACGAGAAAGAGAAAUGGACCAAUACCACAUUAUUAUUGCUAGCGCUCAUAACCGGUUGGGGGGGUACGUAUCGUGAGAUUAUAGAAGGAAUACGCUCAGGAACAGAAGGGGGGGUAUGGAAAAUCGAUAAACUAAUUUGCGUGGAACUGCCAUUUUACACCCAACCGCCUUUUUCUAAAACCCUCAGUCUAUUUUGUACAUAAUGACAAAAACAGUUCGGUUUAAUUACAUCCACGUCUUGCAAGCUAGUAUAUCACCACAAAUACAACCCUACUCCUACCCUGAAUUUAUGAUAUCCCCUCGAAUCGAAUCAUGCUAAAUUCAGGCUAAGAUAUUACCCUUGAUAAAAUUUCACCGUUUUGCGUUAUCAAUCGAAAAAAUCUCUUGAUUUCUAACGAUUUUUAUCGAUUUCGAUUUUUACCUCUUGGCUACUCCGGGCUGUAACUACACCCUGAACUACACCGACGUUAUUGUGAAAGGGAGACGGGUCAAAAUAUCGUGAAAAACUGUGCGCCUACAAGCCUGGCCAAUAGAAAUUUACUGCUUGCGUGAAUCCAGUUUUCAUUAUUUGAUGAACUGAUGUGGUAUCUUCUCGAAAUAAAUCGAUGAAAGACACGAGUUUGUCAUUGAUUUUACCGAUUGAUCGAUAGAAUCGAUAUCAAUCAAUUCAGAUUUACUGAUUUUUAUUGAUUGAUGAAUUAACUGACCAAUUUCUAUCGAUUGACUACACCGGAUAUUCUGACUCAAUAUUCUGUGUAAUUUUCCGCAUGAGCGGAUUUGAAACCUCCCUCCUCCCCCUCCCCAGGAGUUCACUCUGUCAACAAGAACAGUCCUAUUCAGGACUACAUUCAUCCGGACGAUCAUACUCAACCUACUUUGGCCACAAUAGGAUUCUAUUUGAUUAAAAACGCGUAUGUAUAAAUCGAGGUAAUGUGAAGGAAAACAACUGAGUUAUGAAUUUUAGAGAGAAAGGAAUAGUCUUGUAAAUUGAACCUGCCAUUUAGUUACUUAAUAAUCAUAUUUUUUCUCAAAUUUGUUAUUAAAAAACCUGGAUUGCACUAACAGUUAGUACAUUUGACACAAUAACACGAAACUAACCCUUACCCAGAAACGCCUGCUUGCUACUCAGGCUACCACGCGGCCUUCACAUAAGAGCAAUGCAGUGAGACAGGGUGCAUAAGUAGUUCCAGGCACCAGUUUUUUUAACUCUUCUUUGUUUGUUUGUUUUUUUCAGGCUUAGAGACUUCGACGAAAAGGCAGCCAAGGUUGGCGUCACCGAGUGCAGCCAAGAACCAACACCAUAUGAUCACCCAGACAAUCCUAAAAUCAAGUUCUGGGAUUUGCCUGGUAUGGGGACUCCAAACUUCCCUGUGGACACGUACUGCGAUCAAGUGCAAAUAGACAAGUACCACGCCUUUCUCAUAUUCACCGACACCCGAUUCCGCGAGAACGACUUGAAACUGGCAGAGAAAAUUAGCUCGAUUGACAAGAAGUUUUUCUUCAUUCGCACCAAAAUUGAUGAAAAUGUCCGCGCCGAGAAGCGGUCAAAGCCCCCAGGAUCAUUUAACGAAGAAUCCAUGCUUAAGGAAAUCCGAGCAGACUGUUCGAAAAACCUGGGUCACCUGAAGAGCAACACUGAGGAUAUAUUUUUGAUAAGCAACCAUCAUCCUGCAAAGUGGGAAUUCGAUCGACUGAGAAAAGCCAUUCUGGAUGUGCUACCGAGGUAUCAGCGAGAGAGUUUAACCUUGUCCCUUGGCGUUCUGAAAAGCCUGUCAACCGAGAUGCUAAAGAGGAAAGUAGAGGUUCUUAAAGGGCGUAUUUGGAUGGUUGCUUCAGCGUCUGCCGCCGCCGCAAUGGUUCCCAUCCCUGGAUUGUCUGUGGCUGUUGACAUUGGGCUGAUGAUAAAAGAAAUCACAUUUUACAGAACCCAGCUUGGUCUUCCUGAGGAAGGAUCUGCUGAAUUUGCGAAUCUACAAGUCAACACCCAAGAAAAAGUCCGUAGGAUAUGUCUGACAACUGCAGCUCAAGUCACCGGGUUCGUAGCAGCUUAUGCCGCAGAAGCGAGCGUUGAGGAGUUUGCUCGUUUUAUCCCAUUGCUUGGUUUGGCUAUAGCUGGUGGAAUGUCAUUUGCUACUACAUAUUAUGCUCUUAGGCAUUGUUUAAAAAAAGUUGAAGAAGCAGCCUUAUCAGUCCUUGAUGAAGCUGCCCACAAAUCAGCAGACGAUUUGGAUAUCGAUUAA